CAUCGCCCUUUCUUUAAAGACUUCUCUUGUCUGGCACAACGUCUUUAAAUGAAGAUGUCGCUGUGACGUCAGUCAUAGUACGUAGCUUUCAGAGGGAAGUGUUGUAGCUCGCAUCAUAGCGAUAUCUCGGGGAGGCUGGUAGAUAUAAAGCGAUAAAAUGGGCCGCGUACACUGUUCUUUAUGAUAUCACUCUCAGUGAAGGCGUGUGCGCAAUAUUUCCGGUCAAGUUACUAGUCUUCAAGAGAUAAAUACACAUUUAGAGCGUAGCAGUUAUCGAGGUAUAUCGUUUAUCGAGUUAUAUUAUCGUUUAUUACUUUGAAGACUCCGUGAAAAUGGCUCUGUACAGCCUAAAAAGCAAUCUCCACCUGGCAACGCUCAAGACUCUCUCCCUGGUGUCAAUAAGUGUAAUGUCACCACAGCAAAGCGUGCAGGAGUUGUUCCGAACAGCCGACUGCGUGUGCUUCGAUGUGGACUCCACGGUCAUACAAGAUGAAGGUAUCGACGAGCUUGCCAGAUUCUGCGGGAAAGGAGACGAGGUGAAACGACUAACAGCGGAGGCAAUGGGAGGUAACAUGACAUUCCAAGAGGCUCUAAAGAAGAGGCUAGAUAUCAUCAGACCCAGCGUUAGUCAAAUUAGAGAAUUUAUAGAAACCUUCCCUAAUCACCUCACUCCAGGAAUAACAGAAUUAGUCAAGACUCUACAUGAGAGAGGAGUCAUAGUGUACCUCGUAUCAGGAGGCUUCAGAAGUUUAAUCGAACCGGUCGCAGAGAAGCUACACAUCCCAAUCAGCAAUGUAUAUGCGAAUAGACUCAAAUUUUAUUUUAAUGGCGAAUACGCAGGUUUCGACGAGAACGAGCCAACCUCGAGGACGGGAGGGAAGGGUCUGGUCAUCAGAAGGCUUAAAGAACUGCACGGGUAUCAGAGACUUGUGAUGAUUGGAGAUGGAGCGACGGACGCGGAAGCCUGUCCACCCGCUGAUGCAUUUAUAGGUUUCGGUGGAAAUGUAGUAAGAGAAGAAGUCAAGAAAAGAUCAGCGUGGUACGUCACAGACUUCCAAGAACUUAUCUCCCACCUGAGCAUCCAGACCAAAUGAACUGCAAUGCUGCCAAAAUAGUUGCAAAGUCGACCAUAGUUCAAUUGACAUAAAGAUCAGUAUCGCAUAACGUUCAAACUGAACCGUUUCUAUAUACUUCUUAUAAUGCGUAUAACGUAGGCACAAUUGCCUAGCAUUUAAAAUAUACUCUAACACUGAAAUCUAUAGAAUGUACUUUGACUUUGCUUAGACUUUAUCUAGAGUUAAAACGGUUUAUGUCCAAAAUAUCUAUCCCGUUUUAACUCUAAGUUAAGUCUGAGCAAAGUGAAAAUAUGCUCACAGACUUUACUUAGAGUUACAACGAGACAUAUGUUUGACAUAAAUCUGUCUCGUUUUAACUCUAAGUAAAAUCUGACAUUUAGCGCUAAUUCUAAAGAGCGAUUAAUUUACGUAAAAAUUACGCUCUCAACUCUCUGUACAGAAUUGGUGCUAAUUCUAUUGUACACUGCGUUAAUUUAAACUAAAUUGCUAGGUUUAAAUAUAGUGCUAUCCUUUUUAAAAAAGGAUAUUAUAAUGAAAAGGAUAGCAUUAUUUAGGCCUGUCAAUUAUGUUUUAUUUAGAGAUGGUGUAAAAUAGAAUUAUUGGUACCAUUGACGUAUUUAUAUUGUUUUUUUUUAGCGCGCUAAUAAUAAUAAAAAUAAUUCAUAGAGAAAAUUAACAACAUACAGCAUAGAUUUAUCAGGACAUUAUUGUAAUUUUUUUAUUACUAAUUGACAUAUUUUUGAUUAAUUAAUUUCAGUCUAAUAAGAAAAUUUAAGAGUGAAACUUUUGUUACCAAAAUUUUGUCUCAUAAUUUUGAUGAAAUCUAAGAUUCAUUUUCAUUGUUAUUUUUAUUGAUAUUGUUAUGUAGUAAAAUUGUAAAUAAUAAUAUAGUAGGUAUUUUAAAAAUUACAGACACAUUGCCAUAGAAAAAUUUAUUCAACUUUACUUAAAUAUUAAGUAAAAAAAAUUGUUUAUGCAUUUAUAGUGACUGUUGUUUCGUUUUAUUGGUACUUUGAGUACAAAAUAUUUAGUAUUUUCUGGACUAAGUCUUGAUUAAAGGUGUUGGCAUAAUAUGUGAUGGAUCAAAAUUUAGUUUUAAAUAGAUUUAGUUAAUCAU